GACCGGAACAUUUAUUGCCGUUUGCGCAACGAAACUAAAUAUUCUCAGUCACAACCUCCGGGCUGACGGACUAUGUACGUCUGUAUAUGGUCGAAAUACCCAAAUACGCGUUUAAACUACACGUAGGUUUAAACUAGCAAAUCAAGCAGUCCUGUACUGUCUCAGAUGUUGCAUUACGAGUUAAGUUGUUUCCACAACAAGAAUGUCAGUUUUAGAUGCAUGACAUAAUUGAAUGAAUUUACUUGAACUUUGAUUAGUUUCAUUUCAUCAAUGAGUUUCCGGGCGAUCUGGGUAUUGUCACAUGAGAAGGGAGAAACUGUAACAUUGCGCUUUUCCAGGCGAUACUCUACUGUAGAGCGUCGAGCAAAAUGUCUGGCUGGACCGCAAUAUGCGUCCAUACCUGAGGAUUGUGCCAUAUCGCGACUCAUCUUUACUGAAUUGGGACUGGAGGAUCCUGACAGGCUUUAUGUGGCCGCGCGCGAUAAUUGUGUGCUGCAUCAAGAGUCUCUCAUCCUGGAGCUCCACCCGGAUGGCUCCGGUAGGGGUAUACUGUGGCCCCUAUUAACGGUCACUCAAGGGGGCCUCAUAAUGGCCUGUCUGCCCUUGGUGGAUUCUACUGCUACUUCACGGCCUCCUCUCUCAAACCAGGUCUCUAUCUGUCAAGGCAUAGCCUUCUUGUCUGGCCUUCAGGCAUUCAUGUCAGCUGGGAGUAAAGCACUAGAGCCUGAUAUUCUGGCCGCUCGUUUAGAUUUGUUGCCCACAAUCCUGUUGAACAUUUGUCCCCUGGGGACACCAGUGGAUACACCACACUCCGCCAUCUUUCCAUUCCUGGCCGUGCCCACUCCUACUGGCUCUCAGAAGCAGCCAGCCUGGAAGGCAGGAUUCCACAAGGGAAGAUCGACUGUCAGUGUGUCCGUCACAGAAACUGUAAGGUCCAUGCAAUAUGGCAAUCAAAACAAACAAGACCUCUGGGAUGUUUAUGGCACUGUCGUGUGUAAGUGUGAAGUGGAGGGCAUCCAACCCAACAUCACAGUCACUCUCUCUUUACCACCCAAUGGCUCCCCCCUGCAAGACAUCCUUGUGCACCCCUGUGUCAACACACUGGAUAGCAGCACCCUGACCGCGAGCAGCAUGGACUAUGGAGACAGCUCCGCCUUCUCAGGGCCCUACAAGUUCCCCUUCUCCCCACCACUGGAGCCCUUCAGGCUGUGCAGUUACACCUCUCAGGUACCAGUUCCACCCAUUUUGGGUUCCUAUCACCUCAAAGAGGACAAUGGUCAGCUACAGCUGAGUGUUCUUUUGAAACUCCAUGAGAGUGUGACAAACAGUUUUGAAUACUGUGAAGCUCAUCUGCCAUUUUUCAAUAGGUGCCAGAUGGGGGUUUUAGAUGUGAAAGUGACCUCAGGCCAGGUGGAGGUCUCCAAAGAGAAGAACCUACUAGUCUGGGUCUUAGGACAAAAGUUUCCAAAGUCCCGUGAAGUAACGCUUGAAGGAGCUGUGCAUUUCUCUGGCCAGACAGCAGGACCCACCGACCCCCUCUGCACCGAUGGCACCGCUUACAUCAAACUGUAUUUCCGAAUACCUGACCUAACUUUAUCAGGAUGUUGUGUGGACCAACAUUCAGUGCAGGUGUAUUCUUCAACAAAGCCUCGUGUUGUCACAUCGCGGGAUUUGGUGUCUUCAGAAUACUACAUAUGGAACUCCACAGGACUCACCCCAAUGUUGCCUGGUGCUAUGAUGAUGUGACAUGGAACUACAAGGAAAAUGUGCUCAAAUGGUCAAAUGUGUAAGGAAAGGUGUCUUUACAGCCAAUCUGCUCACAGUGUAGACUCUGACCGCAGGUAAUCAUGCCCUUUAAGAUAAGUGAACAUUCAACUGGCUGUUAAUGAACAGAAGCCCUGUAGUGAAUGCAUCCUAGUGGCCUUCUUCUGAGAACAAAGUAAUGAUUGGAAUUAUGGAGCUGUUUGUGUUUGUUUAGAUGCUCAAAUCAAAUUGCCUUGCUUUGUAAAAAAGCCUAUCUUGUUAAGGUGGAGAAGACCUUGCUAAAGAGGUGGACAUACAGUCAGGCCAAGCUAUAAUGAACUACUAAACUGAAUGCGUCCAUUGAGUUUAGUCAACUGCUAUUGUUAACGUGCGUCAAUAAAAUACUAAUAUGU